AUGGACGAUCCGGAGCAAGGCUCGGCCUUGCCCACAAGUAAUGAACCAAACACUGAACCCACGAGAUCAGUCGACAGAACUGACGAUAUCGUUGAGAAUAAUGGCGCCAAUGAUGAUGAAAAGUCCGUAGGGGCUGACGAAGAAGAAGCUCUAUUCGUUGCCAUGGAAAAAGAUGAAGAGAGCAAAGAUGCCCUUCACCCUCAUCCUCAGCCCAAAGAUGUAAAGGCGGCCCCCAAACUGCUCCAAAGUGCCAUCGAACAAGGUCAAGUGAACCCAGACGAUUCCGAGAGUGAUUCGGAACAGCCAGGUUCAACAAUCUCUGAUUCCGAGCCACAUCAUGCACAUGCAAGGACCAAUCAACUUGAUUUUCUUCUAAACAAAGCCUCGCAAUACUCUGAUUUCAUCACGAAAGAUUUGGAGGGUCUGCAAGCAGCAAUGACAGAAAAUGCGAGGCGUAAAAUUCAGAAGUCCGAGAAGCGGUCCAAAAAGAGGAAGGCGGAUGGGAAAGAGUCCUCCAAAAAGAAAUCUAAGAAGAACAGUGGUGAAGAACUGAAGUCUGCUUUAGUGAAGGAUGCCAAAGUUCGCGCCGGAUCGAAGCCUAUUUUUGUUCAGCCCUUGAAUCUUGCACCUGGAUGUGUACUGAAGGACUACCAGCUUGAAGGUGUUCUUUGGCUUGCGAGUCUCUUCGAAAAUGGUGUCUCUGGAAUCCUUGCGGAUGAGAUGGGACUUGGAAAGACCAUUCAAGUGAUUUCGCUCAUCGCUCAUUUGCUGACGCAAAAUGUGAACGGUCCGUUUCUCGUUGUUGCUCCGCUUGCUACCUUGCCCAACUGGGUUCGGGAAUUCCAAAAAUGGCUCCCUUCACAACCUGUUAUUCGAUACCAUGGAGCUGCUGCUGAACGCGAUGCAAUGAUGAAGGGUCCCCUAAAGUCAAAGGAGAGAAAGAACAAGACAUUCCCCGUUAUUGUAACGUCCUUUGAAACUGCAAUUCGAGACCAAAGACAACUGUCAAAGCUUUGCCCAUUCACCUAUGUCAUUGUUGACGAAGGGCAUAGACUUAAAAAUCAUCGUUGCAUGCUGAUCCGAUCCUUGAAACAAUUGAAUGCUGGAAACCGGCUUCUUUUGACAGGAACCCCGAUUCAAAAUACACUGGAUGAACUAUGGAGUCUUCUUAAUUUUGUGAACCCACAGAUAUUUGACGAGCUUACGGUAUUUCAGUCGUGGUUUGGUUUCAAGGAUAUUGGCCAAAGCAACCGAGGGGCAACUAACGAAGAUGUCAUUGUUCAAGAAGAACGCAAGAACCAAACAGUAUCGAAGUUACAUGAUAUUCUUCGUCCAUUUCUCUUGCGCCGUGUCAAGAAGGAUGUUCUCUCUGAGAUGCCUCCAAAGAAAGAGAUUGUGGUUUACUCGGGAAUGUCCAAGUUGCAGCUAGGCUACGCUGAUUUGAUCGACAAAGGGGUGCUCAGAGAUGAGCUACUGCGACAAGGUAUCGAAGGUGGGAGAAAUUUGAGCCAAACGAACAAGAUGAUGAAUCACCGCAAGAAUGUCAAUCAUCCAUUCAUGUUUGGUGAACCUAUUGAUCCUGCCUCCGGGGUGCACAUUGGAACCUCACAUCCACAGCUGCUUGUUCGAGCAAGUGGAAAGUUUGCUCUAUUGGAUCGAAUGCUACAACGCUUACACAAGGAUGGUCACCAAGUUCUCAUUUUUAGCCAAAUGACAAAGGUGCUAAACAUUAUCGAAGAUUAUUUGGCUUUUCGAAACUGGCGCUAUUGCAGAAUAGAUGGGUCAACGAAUAUUGACGAUAGGCAGCGGGCCAUGGAUGUAUUCAAUGCCGAAAAAACAUCCGGCGAAAAUGGUACUAGGAAUAUUCGUGAUGACAGAUGCUUUGUCUUUAUGUUGAGCACAAGAGCUGGGGGUUUGGGGAUCAACUUGACAAGUGCGGACACUUGCAUCAUUUUUGACAGUGAUUGGAACCCACAUGCUGAUAGUCAGGCUAUGGAUCGAUGCCAUAGGCUGGGACAGACGCGACCAGUUGCUGUUUAUCGACUUCUUACCUGCAAUUCUGUGGACAUUGAAAUGAUGGAAAAGCAAAUGUCAAAGAAGAAGCUAGAACGGAUGACAAUUGCCGGUGGCGACUUUCGGAAGGCAGGACGACGUAGUGCUGGUGAUAUGACCUUUGAAAAGUUGCAAUCCUUACUUGAAAGUGACAUCCAGGAUUUGCAAGCCAAGGGUGCGGACAUCGAAGAUAUUAAGAUAAGCGAUGAGGAGUUUGAUAUGAUCAUGAAUCGUGAGCGCCUCUUUGAAUCUGGGGAGACAGCGAUUUCCAACGAAGGGAAAAUGUAUGACAUUCUAGACACUGGAAGUGGGGAUAUGUUGGGUUCAAUGAUGUCCUAA